AUGCCGAGUUCAAAACGUCCACGCCUUGGGUAUUGGGCGCUUUGGAUUUUCUCAUUUUUGUCCUAUAGCUGGGCAUUCUACAUUCCUGGCUACUCCGUCACACGGUAUAACGACGGUGAACCGAUCCCACUUCUAGUGAACAAGAUAUUCUCGGACCACACACAGCUUCAGUAUGCCUAUUUCGAUCUUCCCUUCGUAUGUCCGCCGAGCGGAAAGUCGCACGGAGGCUCGCCUUUCGGCUCUGGCCAGAGUAUCUCUCUCAAUCUUGGCGAGGUUUUGCGCGGCGAUCGCAUCAUGACAUCCGACUUUGAGGUAACAAUGGGUAAAGAUGUUGAAUGCGCGGCUGUCUGUACCCGUGAGGUUAGCCGCUCGGAUGUCAAGUGGGCUCGACAGCUCAUUAGGGAGAACUAUGUGAUUGAGUGGAUCUUGGAUAAUUUGCCAGGUGCCACUAGUUUCGUCACCGUCGACAAAAGUCGCAAGUAUUACGCCUCCGGCUUCAAACUUGGCUCCCAGGACAUUUCACCCUCGACGGGCCGGCCACGAUUUUUCAUCAACAACCACUUCACAAUCGUCAUCCGCUGGCGGAGCGCACCGGAAGGUGGGAAGCUGAUUGUUGGUUUCGAGGUAUACCCUAAAAGUAUCAGUGCGGAGAACCGAAAAGAAGAUGGCUGUCCUGCAGCUAUACACAAACCUCAAGAAGGACUGGGCUUGUUCAUCCCACCUAACAUGGCGCACCUGAAAGAAAAAUACGCCGGUCUUUCAUACAUACCCGAAGAUGACGAUGAAGAUGACGGUGCUACUUUGAAGAUUCCAUACACGUACUCGGUCUAUUUCCGGGAGGAGCCCCAUAUCGAGUGGGCUAACCGCUGGGAUUUGUACUUUACCAACCAGGAGGAAGGCUCAAUGACGCAUUGGUUGGCGAUCAUCAACUCUUUAAUCAUUUCGACCGUUCUUGGCGUGACGGUGUUUGUUAUUUGGAGCCGCACCGUGCAGGGCGACAUCAAGGGCGAGAAGAAAGGAGAGGGACUGCUCGAUAAUCUCGACGUGGAGAACGAUGCUGAUAUGUCUUCUGAUGAUGAGGGUUUCGAAGACACAAGUGGAUGGAAGCUUUUACACGGCGAUGUCUUCCGAACACCAGCUUACAGCGGUCUUUUAGCCCCACUGGUGGGCUCUGGUAUGCAGUUACUGUUCAUGACGACCGGGUUGCUUGUUCUGAGUUGCCUUGGAGUGCUGAACCCCAGUUUCCGCGGCGGCUUCGUUAGUGUUGGCAUGGGCCUUUUCGUCUUCGCCGGAAUAUUCUCCGGUUAUUUCUCCGGCCGGCUCUAUAAGACUUUCGGCGGCUCUUCGUGGCGUAAAAAUACGCUUAUUACUGCAUUGCUCUUCCCAGGCCUCGCUUUCUGCCUUGUUCUCAUCCUGAACCUCUUCGUGUGGGCUCAAGCCUCGAGUACUGCAAUCCCCUUUGGCACGCUUGUUGGUAUUCUUGCUCUCUGGCUUUUAAUCCAGGUGCCUCUGGUCUACUUGGGCAGCUGGAGCGGAUUUGUACGGGCCAAGCCAUGGGAGCACCCCUUGAAAACAAAUGCCAUUGCUCGUCAGGUCCCUCCUCAGCCUUGGUACCUUCAAAGCCCCGCGGGCCCGUUAUUGACCGGAUCAAUUCCCUUUGCCGUACUCUUCAUCGAGCUCCUGUUUGUGUUCAAGAAUCUAUGGCAAGACAAGAGUGGGUACUACUACGUUUUCGGGUUUCUCAGUGCAGUUUCUACUGUACUGGUGAUCACGGUCGUGGAGGUCACUGUCAUUGCCACUUAUAGUCGACUCUGCUCUGAGAAUUAUCAUUGGUGGUGGACUAGUUUUCUCACCGGCGGUAGCAGUGCCUUCUGGAUCUUCGCCUAUUGUAUCUGGUAUUACAUAUUCAAGCUUCAUGUCACAGGCUUUGUGUCCACCCUACUGUUCUUCAGCUACAGCUUUUUGGCCUGCACCGUCUACUUCCUGUUGACAGGAACUAUAGGGUUCUUGGCCGCAUACGCCUUCGUUCGCCGCGUAUACAGUGCAAUAAAGGUUGAUUAG